AUGAGUGAUGAUGACUUGAAAAGAAAAGAAGUAAGCAUAUAAAUGAAAAAUUAAAACCUAAAGGCUUUUAUGAAUGAUGUUAGUCUACUUAUUAGAUAUAACUAUCUAUAGAGAUUAAUAAAACAUUAAAAUGAAUAAAACAUUGCUAUCAGGGAAGGUUGUUUUUAUAAGGAAAGAUUAUUUUAAGUGUAAAACAUAAUUGUUUAAUUGAAUCUAAUUAAGUGGUUGUCAAAAAAUAUAUUAGCGAAAAAUGGGCUUAAGUCAAAAACAAUUAUGAUUCAGUCAGCAAAAGGCAAGAAAAUUUCUAAAAUAGUUGUAAAAAUUUAAGCAUGUAAAUAGUAUAAAGAAGAAUUGAUUGAAGCGAAAAAAUAUUUCAAAAAUGAGAAUAAUAAGAAAGAUAGAAAUUAAAAUUCAAAUGGCUUUUUAAUAGUAAAUAAUUUAAAUAAAGUGAAUAAUUUUGAAGAAACAUUAAAAUUAUAUAAUUCUGUUCUUGAAAAGGACCUAGAAAACCCAGAAAAUCCAGAAUUUUUUCAUAGCAAAGGUAAAAAACAUUUAUGUGUCAUUAUGUAGGAAAUACUUUAGUUAGAAUGAAUAGAUUAGAAGAAGCAUUGGAAUAUUAUGAUUUGGCAAUUUUAAAAAAUUCAGAAAAUUCAGAUUAUUUUAACAACAAAGGUAUUUUUGUCCUUUAAUCCUUACAAAGCUGAUACAUUAGAUAAAUUGAAUAGAUUUGAUGAAGCAUUAUAAUUUUAUGACUAGGCUAUUCUGUAAAACCCAAACAAAUCUGACUUAUAUAAUAACAAAGGUAUAUUAUUACUUUAUAUUAUUUCAGCAAAUACUUUAGGGAAAAUGAAUAGAUUUGAAGAAGCAUUAGAACAUUAUAAUUUAGCUAUUUAAAAAAAUUAAGAAAAUUCAGACUAUUAUUAUAAUAAAGGUAUAUCAUGACUUCAACAAUAUUAAGCAAAAACUUUAAGUUAAAUGAAUAGAUUCGAAGAAGCAUUGCAAUUUUAUGAUUUAGCAAUUAAUAAAAACUCUUUAAACUCAGAAUAUUAUAAUGGCAAAGGUAUACAGUAUUAACUUUACUAGCAAUUCUCUUAAAGACAUUAAAUAAAUUUUCUGAGGCAUUGAACAAUUAUGAUUAAGCUAUUUCUGCAAACCCAGAAAAUUCUGAUUAUUUCUUUAAUAAAGGUGAAUUAAAAAUGAUUCAUUUGUAGCGAUGAUUUUAAGCAGAAUGAAUAAAUUUGAAGAAGCAUUAAUUUAUUAUGAUUAAGCAAUUUUGAUUAGCCCACAAAAUUCAAUCAUAUAUCAUAACAAAGGUGUAUCUUUACUUCAAUAUUUUAGGAAAUGCUUUAACCGAAAUCAACAGGUUUGAAGAGGCAUUAUAAUGUUAUGAUCUAGCUUUUAUGAAUAAUCCAGAAAAUUCAGCCAGCUUGUUGAAUAAAGGUAACAUAAAUCAUGCAAACCUUUCAUAGCAAUAACUCUAGAUAAAAUGAAUAGAUUAGAAGAGGCACUAAAAAUUUAUGAGUCAGCUAUUUAGAAUGACUUAAAAAAUUCAGACUCCUAUAAUCAUAAAGGUAUUUUUGGACUAGUAAAAUUUUGCAGCAAUUGCUUUAACGAAAUUGAAUAGAUUUGAAGAGGCAUUGCAAUUUUAUGAUUCAGCUAUUGAAAAAAACCCAGAAAAUCCAAAUUUUUAUAAUAACAAAGGUAAUUUGAAUAUCCCUACUCUAAGCGGUUACAUUAGAUAAAAUGAACAGAUAUGAAGAUGCAUUAUACUAUUAUGAUUUAGCUAUUGAGAAGAACCCAGAGAACCCAGAAUUUUUUAAUAACAAAGGUAAAAUUUAAUAAGAAUAAUAUGUAGCAAAUACUUUAGAUAAAAUGAAUAGAUUUCAAGAAGCGUUGUUAUGUUAUGAUUCAGCUAUUGAGAAAAACCCAAAAAAUCCAGGUUAUUAUGAUAACAAAGGUUUAUAUAUAACAUCAAUAUAUAAAGCAAAUACUUUAGAUAAAAUAGAAAGAUACGAACAAGCAUUAUUAUUUUAUGAUUUAGCUAUUGAGAAGAACCCAGAGAACCCAGAAUUUUAUAAUAACAAAGGUAGAAUUUAAUAAGAAUAAUAUGAAGCAAACACUUUAGAUAAAAUGAAUAGAUUUGAAGAAGCAUUGCAAUGUUAUGAUUCAGCUAUAGAGAAAAAUCCAGAAAAUUCAAGUUACUUCUACAAUAGAGGUAAUAUAAACAAUAGCCACUUUAGCAAUAACUUUAGAUAAAAUGAAUCAAUUUGAAGAAGCUUUAAAUUAUUAUGAUUUAGCAAUCUAGAUAAGUCCAUUAAAUCAGGAUUACUAUUAUGGUAAAGGUAAAAAGUAAACCGUAUAUGUUUGUAGCAGUGACUCUAUAGAAUAUGAAUAGAUGGGAUGAAGAAAUUGAAUUUUUAAGAAAAGUCAAUUUCAAGGCUUAAUUUUAAAAUUGA